AAUGGGCGGGGCUUAAGCAUGAAUGGAAGAGCAAGUAUUGGGGGCGGGGUGGGGCAGCGACAGUCCCCUGUUGGCAGCGGCGGGAGCAGUUUGUCCCCGGGAGAUUUCGACUCACGCCGUCGACUUUCAGCUCCUUGUAAUACCAUCAACCAGAUAUCUCCGACCUCCCCUGUGCACCGAGCCUCCUCCCCCUCCCUCGGGAGGGACAAGAUGUCCUCCGACGCCUGGGUUUGCCCAAGCGAUAGACAACUUGCUCUCAGAGCAAAGUUGCACGCAGGCUGGUCGGUGAAAACAGCAAGCAUUAACCAUUGGAAGCAGCCACAGCCUUUAUCCAACUGCGAACAGGAGAAGAUAGUUUCCGUGAUACAGAGAGCUGAGGCUCUCGAAUAUAUUGAGAAGGAACGACUUCAGUAAGUUUUUGUUACACACAAAUAAAAAUC